AGAUUCGCGUUCAGCCUUCACGCGUCUCGGUUGCGCACUGCUUGUCAGCCAAUCAGACCAAGACACUGUUUCGUGCCCAAUUCAUCAUCCACGAUUGAGCUUCCAUCUUGCUUGGUCUCAUCUCCCGCAUGCCUGCGCCGUUCCAACCGGGCGCGUCUCAUCUCAAAUCGAUUCACCUGCUGCGUGCCCUCCUGCGCGAAGCCUCGUACCUCCCCGACGCAGCCGCCCGUGGCUACUUUCGCCAGUACAUCGUCAACCGAUACAAGGCGUAUCAGCCACGACACAAUGCGACUGCUUCGUUCGAUGUGCAGGCUGUUGAGAAGUACCGACACAGGAGCUUCAAGAGGCGGCAGGUAGCCAUCAUCAAUGAGCGCACUCGACCUUUGCUGAGGAAAGGGCAAAAGGGCUUGAACUUUUUGCGACGUGCGAACCAGGGAGAGCUGCCAUGUCUGCAAAAGGUCCUCUUCUUCGCAUAUGGUCGCAUAGGGAGAAGAAAGUAUGCCUUGCUCGAGAGCUUGCUGAAGCCAGAUCCCUUCAUGGACGGCGAUGCAGGCCCUCUACCAGACGUCGAAGAGCCAGCACCGCUCCAGAAACUCUACUACAGCAACAAGCGUUACUUGCAGUACUUCGACGCCCCGAGGCCCACCAUUAAGAAACGCCUCACCAUAGACAUCUCAGAUCGCUACUCUCGACUGCGCACAGUCCUCAAGUCGCAGCACCAACAAGGCAUAUCGAUACACCGCGAACUAAAGGGUCCUGCCUUCAUCACACCCAUCAACAACGUGUGGGAGCGAUCCAUGCCCAUCAAGCGCGCGAUAAACAACGUUCGACGGUGGUAUGCCGAGACAAUGACGAGGCUGCUUCCCCCAUUGCCAAAUGACGAAUGGGAUAACAUGCACGCCAUGAUCUUGAAAGAGAGGCACAUUUCCUUCGCAAAGCAGAGGAAGCCUGGGCUUGCGCUUCAUCCCGAGUCUGUCAGUGACGAGGAGCGCUUCGCGACGUCGGUAGAGCAGGGACUUGCACUGGAUCGGCCAAGCAGGGCAGACAAACCCGCAGGCAUGCAUCGUCCGCACACCAUCAAUGCCAAGUUCAUGCGCAGGCUCUACACUAAGAUACUCACGCUGUGCUGCAAGCUGGAGUACGAUUAUGAGCACAAGAGUUGGAGGGCCAUCUGGGGAGACCCCAUGAAUCGCAUUAGCCCCAAGAUAUACGCUGUGCCCAUCGAUGAGUCUCUCUUCGCUGGUGUUGAUGCGAGAGGGCAAGCGCCCAAGACGCCAAAGAAACCAACAAACGACGCAGGUCCUAAGAUACCACCACGAAAUGCAAAGGACGAAUAUGUGCACUUUCCUUUCUUCGCUGAAUAUCUUCCCAAGGAUCAUCCUAUCCGCAGGGAACUGGAUGCGUGGAAGAGGAAGCGGGCUGCCGCGGCGUCGGAAUCGGAAUUCAAAUCGGUGGCAACCUCGAAACUCCGACCUCGACCUUGAGUCCCGCAAUUCUGCUAGCGUGUUAAUCAAAGGGCGCGGCUUCCAAGAUCGCAGCAUAAACCUCGUUACAUCAUCUCCCAGGCCCUUCACGCCUCUCUAUCUGUCCAAAUACCACAUCGUCCUUUGCAAUGGCUUCCCACGGCGCAACAAUUCGCCACGCAACCCGCGAAGACGUCCCCACGAUACUCGGCCUC